AUGACGAGCUCCCCUCGACUAGGGGACCUUGCAGCCUCCAUCAGUACCGCGACCAGGACAAUCGAGGACUGUCUCAAGCAGCGGAACCUACCGUACCCUUCCUUCGAGCCCAACGGGGGAAUCACCCUACCACGGGAGCUACAGGAUGCAAAAGAAUCAAUCCUAGAUUCGGCUUCCGAGCUACGAUAUCUGCUCACCGAUCCCGUGAGCGCAUUCUUCGAUGGAGCGCCGGUGGGGUUCAUGAGUAUGGUAGUGAUCCAACGCUUCAACAUCGCCACUCUAAUCAAGCCGGACAUGGAGAUGAGUUUUGCAUCGAUCGCAGAGCAGACGGGCCUGAGGGAGGGGGUGGUCAAACAUGUCCUGCGCCACGCGAUGACCUUGCGGGUGUUCCGCGAGCCGCGACGGGGAUUUGUGGCCCAUACCCCUCGGUCGGUGGUGAUGAGAGAUGGUGAUAUAGCACGCUGGAUGGCUUUCUCCAUUGACGAACUGACAGAGGCUAUUCUUUGUGCGCCCAAUGCUAUGCAGAAAUGGCCACGGUCGGAUGAGCCCAAUGAGACGGGCUUCUCCCUCGCCGAGAACACGGAUCGUCCGAUUUACGAGGUCCUGGAGGCAGAUCCUGUGCGCGGGGCCCGGAUGGCCAGUGCCAUGAACGUGUGGGCCUCAAGCGAGAGCUAUUCUGCCUCGAAAGUAGUAGAGUCCUAUGACUGGAGUCGGCUGAGGGCAGGCCCAGUUGUGGAUGUUGGCGGCUCACGAGGACAAGUUGCGGUUGCAGUGGCCUCGAAGUUCCCAGCCUUGAAAUUUGUGGUGCAGGACCUCGAAAGCACCAUAGCAGGAGCUGACUUCGAUCUGCCACCAGAAGUCGCCGACCGCGUGAGCUUUAUGGCCCACAACUUCUUCCAAGAGCAGUCGGUUGUCGCUUCCGCGUAUUUCCUGCGGUGGAUCCUGCAUAACUGGUCGGACAAGUACUGUAUCAAGAUUCUCCAUGCACUGAUUCCUGCGCUGCGACCGGGUGCACGGGUCAUUGUCAACGAGAUCUGCAUGCCUGAGCCAGGAGAGGUUCCUAUCUGCAGGGAAAGGUUGGCACGGACAAUGGGCUUGGGCAUGAUAGGCCUGUUCAACGCCUAUGAGCGGGAUAUCGAAGACUGGACGCGGGUUUUCAAGCAAACGGACUCGAGAUUCCGAUUGCUUGGCUGUCGGCACCUGGACGGUGCGGAAAUGGCUUUGAUCGAAUUCGAGUGGACCGGAUGA